UAAUUCACAGGUGUUCCAGGCUAACGUUUUGCGAACCCGCAGGAACAGUACCACAGUUAUGAAUCGUCAUAGUCUGUUUGUGCCAUCAUCUCCCAUCCGUAUUCCUAGCAGCCGUCUUCAUCAGAUCAAACAGGAAGAAGGAAUGAAUUUGAUGAACAGAGAAACAGUACGUGAAAGAGAAGUGCAAGUAGCAAUGCAGAUGAGCCACUCAUGGGAGGAGAGCUUGAGCCUGAGCGACAAUGAUUUUGAAAAAUCAUCAUCGCCAAAGCAAGUAGACUUUGUCCCAGUUUCUCCAGCUCCUUCACCUACCAGAGGAAUAGGGAAGCAAUGUUUCUCACCAUCUUUGCAAAGUUUGGUGAGUAGCAGUGGGUUACCUCCAAGUCCUAGCCCAAGUCCAACAAGGCGAUUUUCAAGCAGGAGAAGCCAGAGUCCAAUUAACUGCAUUCGACCAAGUGUUCUUGGGCCAAUAAAAAGAAAAGGUGUAACAGAGAUAGAAGAUCAUCCAAAAAGAUUAUUCCAAGGAUCCACCAACAUGCUUUCCCAUGAAGUUUCACAUCAGGCAGACCUUGGGGGAUGUCUGUCGUCACAUGCUCUUGAUGACAACAGAAGCAGUGCAGGCUCUUCCUGUGACUCACCAGCUGAAGUCGGCACCAACACAGACUCUCCAGUCUCACUUUCUGACCCCAGAUCUCCUUUUUUACCAGUAGAUCUUGCGGCUAAGUUACCUAUUGAUUGAGAAGCAGAAGUCUGCUAAUGGACACCAAGAAACAGGCUGGACAUCAAUAAGACUUUCUGUUGUGUGUAACUGAUUCUGUUCCUCAUAGGAACUUUCAGAAACGUCAUUAUUUCUAGAAAACUUCCAGAAUAGUUCCUUGAGGAGGAAUUCACAUUUCUAGUGAUUUGUAUGACAUUUACUAAAAUACAGUAAGCAUUUGAAUUGCAAACAUAUUUGAUGCUAACAUCAGUAUGCAAGCUGUUGAUUUACAAUGAGUAUUGGCUUGUUGGCAUAAGUUACAAAUACUGUGUGUACAUUCUGCUUGUGGAAGACUUGGCUUUCCAUCAGCCACCAGGCAGUGUCCUCACUAAUACAAAGUGGUGCUUAUGUAGUAACAGAUAACUUUCACAUUUGUCCUCAGUUUGAAAUCAAUGAAGCAGCUUACUAAUUUGUUUUUAUUUCCCGAGUGUUAGAUAUUUAUAUUUUUUGUUCUUCAUAUGAAAGGGGGAACACUAGGUGGAGGGAAUUGAUUCUUGUCUUCUAUUAUGAUUGGCUGUUAAUCAAUUCUGUGUUCUAAUAGAUGUCAAAAGGACAAGUUGGUGAAUUGUCAACUUGAGUUUAUAUGUUGGAUUUCAUUCAUGAUCAUGACUGCUGUUGUGACUAAAUUCAAAUUA